UGGAAUGCAAGUCCCAUUCCUUGCAAUAAUAUUAAAAAAAUACAAUCUGAUACACUAAAACUCUGCAUGAAAUUCACAAAAAGACCGAACCACAAUAAUCUAUUAUACAUAUCCUCAUCUUACAUUUGUGGGAUGGGUAUUUCCACAACUUUCAAUAAUACUAUAACAAAUUAAUUAAUUAAACUACAUAAGACAAAGUUAUUAUAAGACAGACUUCAACCAACCUACACAUAGAAUGCCACUAUGCAUUUGAAAAAAGAAAACAAUAAGAACCAGACGCACCAAUAAAACCAAACUCCCACCAAGAAAUCAAUGAUUACCCAUUCUUGACAAAUCGACAAUUUUUUGUACUUAUAAAAGGGUGCACUAAUCUCAUUGUAAGGCCUAACAUACCACUCUUAAAAAACAUUACUCUUAGCUAAUUCUUGUUUUAUCUCUAAAAUUUUAGCUAUGGGAUCCACUUCAAAUAUCCAAUUACCAACACAAUCCGAAGAAGAGCGCAAUUGUACUUACGCCAUGCAGCUCUUGUCAUCGUCAGUGCUCCCCUUCGUGUUGCACUCGACGAUCCAGCUGGACGUCUUUGAGAUACUCGCAAAAGAUAAGACUACUAAACUAUCUGCUUUAGAAAUUGUUUCACACAUUCCUGAUUGUAAGAACCCUGACGCGGCCACCAUGCUGGACCGGAUGCUUUAUGUCCUGGCUAGUUAUUCGUUGCUCGAUUGCUCCGUCAUUGAGGAGAAAAAUGGAGCUAUGAAAAGGGUUUAUGGUCUGUCUGGAGUUGGUAAAUUCUUUGUCCGUAAUGAAGAUGGUGCGUCCAUGGGGCCAUUGUUGGCUUUGCUUCAAGAUAAAGUAUUCAUUCACAGCUGGUUUGAACUAAAAGAUGCAGUACUUGAAGGAGCAGUUCCAUUUGACAGGGUGCACGGUGUACAUGCUUUUGAAUAUCCAAAAUUGGACCCAAAAUUCAAUGAUGUUUUCAACAAGGCAAUGAUCAACCACACAACUAUUAUCAUGAAAAGGAUACUUGAGAAUUACAAGGGGUUUGAGAGCCUCAAAUCUUUAGUUGAUGUUGGAGGUGGUCUUGGAGUUAAUCUCAAGAUGAUCACAUCUAAAUACCCCACAAUUAAGGGCAUUAAUUUUGAUUUGCCCCAUGUUGUUCAACAUGCACCUUCCUAUCCCGGGGUGGAAAACGUUGGGGGUGAUAUGUUUGAAAGUGUUCCAGAAGGAGAUGCUAUUUUUAUGAAGUGGAUUCUUCAUGACUGGAGUGAUAGUCACUGUCUCAAAUUGCUGAAGAACUGCUACAAGGCUCUACCGGACAAUGGAAAGGUGAUCGUUGUGGAGGCUAACCUCCCAGUGCAACCUGAUACAGAUACUACAGUGGUUGGCGUUUCACAAUGUGAUUUGAUCAUGAUGGCUCAAAAUCCGGGAGGCAAAGAGCGUUCUGAACAAGAGUUUCGGGCAUUGGCAACUGAAGCCGGAUUCAAAGGCGUUAACUUAAUAUGUUGUGUCUGUAAUUUUUGGGUCAUGGAAUUCCACAAGUAGAUUUCAACAACCUACUUGCUUGCAACUUCGCCCAAAUUGAACAUUUGGCAUUGAUUCCUGAUAAUAUUUAUAUUACUACCUGUUUGUUUCUCUAUUAUGAGAAGAUGUCAUUGUAACUUUUGUCCAAAUUAUAUUGAUAUCCUAGUAUUCCUAAUAAUAUUUAUAUUACUACUUGUUUGUUUCUCUAUUA